AUGGAGAUCAGCAUCAGAACUGAAGCAGAGUCCCAGAGGAGCUUCAGUUCUGCAGAAUCUAUACAGCCUUCUUUACCAAGCAUUGACCAGAUGCUUAGGGCUUGGGAUAUCAGAGCUCAAGACUGAAAUUCCUCAAGGCAGUUAGGCAGAAGUGAGCCUUGUGGCUCUGCCAAAGACAAGCCCUGUAGAUUUAAAGGAAAAACACAAAACAAAAACAAACACAGGCAAAGUCACAGCAUUAAAGUCUUUGCCUUGAAGAAGCUGAGUGGAGAAGUGUGGAAAGAUGAAUGGACCGGUGGAUGGCUUGUGUGACCAUUCUCUAAGUGAAGAAAGAGCCUUCAUGUUCACAUCGGAAUCUGUAGGAGAGGGACACCCGGAUAAGAUCUGUGACCAGAUCAGUGAUGCAGUCCUGGAUGCCCAUCUCAAGCAGGACCCCAAUGCCAAGGUGGCCUGUGAGACAGUGUGCAAGACAGGCAUGGUGCUGCUGUGCGGAGAGAUCACCUCUGUGGCCAUGGUGGACUACCAGCGGGUGGUGAGAGACACCAUCAAGCACAUUGGCUAUGACGACUCUGCCAAGGGCUUUGACUUCAAGACUUGCAAUGUGCUGGUGGCUUUGGAACAGCAGUCUCCGGAUAUAGCUCAGUGUGUCCAUCUAGACAGAAAUGAAGAGGAUGUCGGUGCCGGGGAUCAGGGCUUGAUGUUCGGCUAUGCCACCGAUGAGACAGAAGAGUGCAUGCCGCUCACCAUCAUCCUCGCUCAUAAACUCAACGCCCAGAUGGCAGACCUGCGGCGUGCUGGGGUCCUGCCUUGGCUGAGGCCUGACUCUAAGACUCAGGUGACAGUUCAGUACAUGCAGGACAACGGCGCGGUCAUCCCUGUGCGCAUCCACACCAUCGUCAUCUCCGUGCAGCACAAUGAGGACAUAACACUGGAGGAAAUGCGUGAGGCCCUGAAGGAACAGGUGAUCAGGGCCGUGGUGCCAACCAGGUACCUGGAUGAAGACACCAUUUACCACCUGCAGCCCAGUGGGCGGUUUGUCAUUGGAGGUCCCCAGGGGGAUGCUGGCGUCACUGGCCGCAAGAUCAUCGUGGACACCUACGGUGGCUGGGGGGCGCACGGCGGUGGGGCCUUCUCCGGGAAGGACUACACCAAGGUGGACCGCUCAGCAGCUUACGCCGCCCGCUGGGUGGCCAAGUCCCUGGUGAAGGCAGGGCUCUGCCGGCGAGUGCUCGUGCAGGUUUCCUAUGCCAUUGGUGUGGCUGAGCCACUGUCCAUUUCCAUCUUCACCUAUGGAACUGCUCAGAAGACAGAGAGAGAGCUGCUGGAUGUGGUGAAUAGAAACUUUGACCUUCGGCCUGGUGUCAUUGUCAGGGAUCUGGAUCUGAAGAAGCCCAUCUACCAGAAGACGGCAUGCUAUGGCCAUUUUGGAAGAGACGAGUUCCCGUGGGAGGUCCCCAAGAAGCUCGUGUUCUAGAGCUGGUGGGUGCAGGGCCUGGCCUCGCCCUGGGGGCACCUGGCAGGCCGCUUUCCGCCUCCAGGAUCCUCCCCUAGAUUUCUCAGCCACCGAUUGCUCCCUGAGGAGUGCCUUCCCCACCCGCAGCCCCCUCCUGGGCUCCUGGCCCCUCUGAGGUAGCCCCAUCCUGUCAUCACUGCACAUGGCAGGGGGCAGGGGCUUCCUGAUCCUUGGAUCCGGUCUCCUCGUGAGCAUAGUCACCAGGCCCUGCCUUGCCCUCAGUACAAGUCAAUGUUAAUUUAGUGGAAAACCUGCCCCUUUCAAGAAUAAAACCCCUCCCUCACCUCCCCUGCCAGCCUGGACCCUGACCAGCACCUCCCAUUCCCUGUAUGUGCCAAGGUCAGCACAUCUCACAGACUUCAGGGCUCUGCUUGGGCCUGAACAUGCCGGGUCUGCCCUUCACAUCUGCAGCUGGUACCCUGAGCCAGAGCCUACAAAGGCCCUCCAUGGCUGGGCAUCUGCUGGGGCUGAGAACAGGGCCUGACGUCUCCUAAGCAUCUGUGAGGUGUGAGGGACUGGGCCAAUGAGUGAUUUCAUUUCUUCUUUACUGCAACCCGAGAGGUAAUGCUUCCUGUUAUCCCACUUACAUAUAAGGAUACUGAGGCACAAAUGGCUAGGUGACUUCCACAAGGCCCCACAGCCACACCUAUCAGGGCCUCGACAUCAGUCCUGGAGCUUUGACUCGGGAACCUAACACCCUCACCCCCAUCUCACGCCGGAAACAGGUUCAAGCAAUGACAAAGAAGAUUGAAAUGAGGCUGUGGCUCUGUCCUGAAGAUGCACGGUGGCUAGGCAAUAGGGGGUUAGCCUACUGGCUCUUGGUGAGCCCUGGACAACGAUCUGCAAAGUUAAGACAGAACGAAGGACUAUUUCAUUUGCCUCAUUAAUUUGAGAAGACAGUUCAGAGUGAGCUGGCUAUCCUGACCCCUGUGGUGGGGCUCUGGGAAUAAGAAGAAACCAUGUAAUCCUAGCCCCUGAUCACUCAGGACAUGCAAGGCUUGGGUUUUGUGGACCUCUUUCCAAGUCCAGUCCAGUCCUAUUUGGGCUUCCUGGAGCAAGAGAGCAGCUUGUCCAACAGGUGACCAGCAACUUAGACAGGGGCCGGAACCCUGUAUCCUUCAGGUCUCUCUCUUGGCCCUUUAUGCCCCCCGCAGUCUGAGUGCUACUGGAGUAAGUGGGCGAGCGCCUCAGGUGCCUCUUCCAAGAAGGCCAGGCCUAAGGCCCAAAUAUCCCAUGUGAAAUAAUGACUAGGGGAGGGUGUGACUCCUAGUGAGGAACAAGUUGGCUGCAACUGAAUGAGGAGAGUCUGCCUUUGUCAAGUGGUGUCUGGGGGUCUACUCCCGAGAGACCUGAGUGGUCCUCGGCAUGCCAGCCUCCUGGAACCUGCACAUUACCUCCCUUUCCAUCUGUGGCUGGCACUACCUACCCGCACCUGGGGCUCUGACAGCAUCGCUACCUUCUCCCCGCUCCCUGGACCGAAGGCUCCGGCCGGGGCCUCCAUGGGCCCCAGGAGAACCCUGUGGCCUGGGCUCUUUUCUGGGGCACACAGUGCUAAUUUUGGCUGGGGUAGUAGCCCAGGAAGCCUCAUCUAGGGAGCAGACAGCCUGCAUCUGGGCCCUGGGCCUAACGCACAGAGACCCGAGGCCCUCACUGUCUCUUCAGCUCAGAAGGAGGGGCCCAGUUACCAUAAAAAGCCAGAGCUCAUAUCUGAUACAGAAGCACUGGUCUCUGUGGGGCUCCUGGGGACUCAGGGAGUCUCAGGUUCCUUUCAGGAGAGGGGAAUACAGGUUUGCAGGCACUGAGUUCUUCUAACUUGGGCCAUAUUCAAAGUGAAAAUUCAGAAUUUUAUGCUUUCCCUACUCCCUAGAGAAAUGAGAUUUUUUUUGUCACCAUUGUUUAUGUGACACUAGAGCUUUUAUUUGUUAAUAUUUCCUAAUAAGACAGUGAAUAAAAACAGAAGGAACAACUA